CAACCGGUGUGAGCCAGCAUCUCUAUUAUGUUUGGUAGAGCUCGCAGUACGACAGUAUUGCAAUUAAAAGUUGCGAUUUAAUUUAGUUUAUUUUAAUUUAUAUUAGUGUAACCUCCGCCCUUAUCGUGCAGAUAUGUCGGAAGACAAAAUAACAACAGAAGACAUGUGGACUCCGUAUAAAGAGUUACAAAGUCUUGUUGACAAGUACAUAAUAUCGGUCCCAGAUAUACAAGACCCACAAUAUCAUGAACUUACAGAAGCUUUGAGAAAUCAUAGGCAAAAUUUCCUUGCUAUCUUGAAAAAUCCUCCAAAAAAGAUAAAAAGUCGGGAGGAGAUUCAGAAAGGUGUUACCGAAGGUAUAACACUACCUGGCUUGGGUCAUCAAAUAUUAUCGAAGGAAUUAGUAGAUGAAACUCUCAUCAUAUCAGAUAUGUAUGAUUUGAAUGAGUUCAUGGCGUUGGAUCUCCUCUGUACGGCUCAGCUUCAAAUGCCACAUUAUCCUGGAUUAACGCGCGGUCUAACAGCUAUCCUUCUGUAUUAUGACGGAAGAAAAGCACUAACUUCAGUCUUAAGGACAUUGGUGCACACUCGCAUUGGCCACAGUUGGGCGGUGGACGUGCCGGUUGCUCUCACAAGGCACAUUACGGAAUACACAAACAAGUUGCAAGAGGAUGGCCUGUUGAACAGGAUCUUGUCCCUGUUGGAAGAGAUGGACCCUACUAAGGAGCAAGAUUUGCUGCAGCAGAACAGAGCGUUGGGCGGAGCGAAACAUCACCAGAUGGUGAUGAAACUUUACAACGACACGCGACAAGACCUGGCCGACAUUUUGUACCUAUGGUCUGCUCAGUCAUCGCUACCGAACACAAUUCUGUUCCGUCUGUUGUCGAUGCUGCAAGUACGUCAAGUAGAAUCCGAAGCGGGUGAAGGAGGACCCGAUACGGUUACCCUCGCUCUUAUCAUGGCCGUUUUGAACGCCAUGAACUUCAGUUUUCUGCACAGCCGCGAGAACGGCGAAGAAUUAAUCAAUUCGAUACCACUGAUAGCGGAGAGAGGAAUACUGGAGGAAGUGAAUCAGAAGUUGAUGUCCGCGAGCAUAAAUUGGGAAAGCGCCGGAUUGCGCGGUGUGAUACAGUUCGCUCUGGCGAUAGCCAUAACGACGAUCAAGACGACCACUGCUCAGUUCCAGUCGCAGAACAUCACGACGGAGGAUGACAUAUUGAUCGAGGCGGCCCUGUCCAACAAGGCUUUCCACUUCAUGGCCGAGGUCCUGUUCAAAAGUAGCUGUAUACAUCAGGAGGAAUUCUACGUUCGUUAUUUUCAUACCCUCAUCUCCGACUUUAUACUGCUGAUGCCGAUGAAGGUGAAGGAACUGCGUAGUCGCGCCGACGAGUCCAUACGGUUGAUACAGGCGUUCCAGCAGGAGUGCAUCAAACCCCCCAUGAAUCUGGACAACCAUUUCGAGUACUUGAUGCUAAUGGUGGCGGAACUGUACAAGAAAGACCCGUUGAAAUUGAACCUGGCCAUGGACUAUUGGUGUCACCACACCGACACGACUCCCGCGUACAUAAGUCGCCUGCCUCCCAGACAAGUCGCUCUCUUCAAGUUCGUACGGCUCGCCGAAGAGAUAUCGUCCGGCUUGUUCGUCCCCUACAUAAAGAUGAUAGCGUCUCUCGCCUCGUCACCGCAAGCGGCGAGACACGCGUUUAACUUUUUCAAAUCUAACGGGUCUCCGGGUUCAGCGACGAUUUCUUGGGACCACUUCUUCAAUUCCUUGAGUCGAUACUACUACAACUUGAGACAGGAAUUGCCCCCCAGUCAAGACACGGUGUACCGGCAGAGGUGUCACCCGAAGGGGAUCAUGCCUCAGGAGGUGAAGGGACUGGAAGCGGUGCUGCUGGUGGUUCAAGUGAUCGCGAAGAACGACGAGAUGUCUCGAGUCGCGAUAUGCGACCAUCCGGGUUGGAAGGUCCUGCCGUCCCUGAUCGGCUUGGUGAGCUGUGCGAUGCCGAUACCGCUGAAGGGUGUGCUGGUGAGGACGCUCGCGGCGUUGGCCAGGUCUGCGGAAAGCUCCUCCACUGUGUGGCAGAGCCUGGAGGCCGCCCAGAUCCUCUCCACCAUACCGACGACGAGCAGUUACCAGCCGAGAGGCGUGCAGACGGAACUGGAGGAGAUCGAGUCCAGGAACGAGGAGUACCCGUUGACGCGCGCCAUGCUGGAGCUCCUGGACGUGCUGACCGACUUCCCGAUACCGCGUCUCCUGGGCGUCGGGCAACGCAACCCAGGAUUCGACCCGUACCUGCACUUCGUCAUCAACACCGUCUUCCUGAGAUUCUACACCCGCUCGUACAAGAACCCCGCGGAGAAGUGGGAGGUCGCGGAGGCCUGCUUGAAGAUCUUCUCCAAGCUGAUCAAGCAGUACGAGCCGAGCAUCGAGGACUUCGUAGGCUGCAAGGUGGAGCUGCAAGGCGGCGAGACCACUUCGGUGAACUCGGCGCCGGGGUACCAUCUGAUGACGCAACUGCACAAGGCCACCGAGUUGCUGCACGUGGUGUUGUACAUCUUGGACGAGGGCUGCCUUCACUUCGACACUUACGACACCUUCCCGGGCAAGAGGCACCUGGAGAGCUGCAGUCUUCACUGCCUGGAGGUGCUCGAGCGCGGGCUGAGGAUGCAGAACAACUACAUGGCGCAGUUGGCCGUCAUACCUGUGAACAAGCUGAUGACCGGUCUGUCCCGCCUGCUGCUCGGGGUGAAUCCUCGCACCGGCAAGCCGGAUCACAUGAUCAACAUCGUCAAGUACGUCUCGUACAACUCGUGGCUGCCGAAGCAGGCGUUCGUGGCCAUCGGUGUGAUUCACGGCGUGACCAACGAGCCCGGGGCCGAUUCCGAGUUGCUGGCGAUGUUCACGGCCACCCCCACUUUGGCGACGAACAUCAGGCACGGCUUCGUCGAGUGCCUAGACGCGGACGGCGUCUCCGAGGAGGAGGACGAGGCGAUCGGCGGCGAGCAGGCCAGGCAGCAAAUGGGGAACUGCAAGGAGAGGAUUCUGCUGAUGAUGAUGCACAGCAUCAGCCGGCCGGCGCCGAAUCUCGCGCACUACUUGCUCGGGUUCGAGAUCACGAAGGACAUCAGGAAGACCGUUAUCCAGCAGCCGGGCAUCCUCGGCUUCCCGCGCACCUGCCUGCACUCGAUCCUCGGCAUCCUGGAGCAAUCCCUCGACCGCGGCCGAGACAAAAUCACCGAGGCCUGUUACUGUUAUCUCCACACGUUGACGGCCAACAGCAAAACCUCGGCGCCCGUCUUGAGAUUCUUGCGCACCACCAGCAACCAGGACUUCGUGCAGAGGCACCUCUCGAAGCUGCCGUUCCAAGGGCCGAACAGGUCGACCGAGCUCGGCUGCAUGUCCUGGAUGCUGAAGAUAGCGGCGAUCGAGCUGCGAGUCGCCGGCGGCAGCCUGCAGACCUCUCUGAUCCAGCGACUGGUGGGCAGCUUCAAUCAGGACAAGGACCAGAUCGUGCCGUCGCAGAAGCUCCUGAUGGACCUCCUGCACUACAUCGACUUCCAGCUCUACCUGGAGCCCGCCAAGUCCUGGGAGUUCUUCGACCCGUCGCAGAUCGAGGUGGUGCUCGGCCGUUGCAGCACUCCGCUCGCGCUGAUGGGCGGCCCGCGGCUCAUCGACAUCAGGAAACUGCACUCCCUCAUCACCGAGGAGCUGACGGUGACGCAGAGCAGCGCGACCGCGACCCAACGCAAGCUCAUGCAGCAGGAGGUGAAGUCGAUACUCGGGCACGCGCUGAAGAAGAACCAGACGAAGGUCUUGUCGUACGCGACGGUCAAGUUCGUCGAGGGCUGGUGCCAGACGACGGAGAUACUCUUCUCGGUCGCGACGAAUCAGCAGCUGCCGGCGACCCAGCGGCAGAACCUGCUGUUGAAUCUCUCGCACGAUCUCCUGCAGAAGAUGACGUCCUGCGAGGCGCUGAGCGAGAUCAAGACGCUGGUAUCCGGGACGGUGCUGAUGCUGCUGGUAAACCUCCGCAACAAUUUCAUGAUCCGGUCGGACAACGAGCUGGUGCCGUCGUCGCCGUCGAACACGACGAUGAUGAAGAUCAUCCUCAGCCACAUCUUGCAGUGGAUCGUCAACGCCGGCGCCUCCUCGCAGAAGGUCGUCACGCAUCUCUACGCGGCCCUCUUGAACUUCCUCAGCAUCGUCGGCCUCGAGAAGUCCGAGCACGUCGGCACGCUCGACGCAACGUAUGUCAGCCAGCUGGACAACACGUUGAACCGACUGAUGCCGUUGCAGGAGCGGUCGCAGCGCUAUGCGACCAUACAGGUGAUCAACAGUUUCGGCAACCAGUUGAUGGACAUUCUCUGUCACAAUUGCUCGGGCGGGCACGACGUGUGCAAGAUGUUGGCGCUCUCUUGUCUGGACAAGAUUCUGGAGUUGGAUUGCGAAAACGCGUGGAUGGUCUACCUGGCGAGCAGAGGCUACCUCAAGCACAUGAUCGACAGUCUGCUGGAGUCGGACAAUCUGCUGCGAUGCAUACUGCAACCGGAGCCGCAAACGCUGCGGCCGCUCUACCUGUACGAGGCGAAAAUGGCGAUCUUCUGCCGCAUGGCGUCCACGAGGCUGGGCGCCGAGAGCCUCCUGGAGAACAAGAUUCUGUCCUGCAUGUCGAGCAUGUGCGUGUUCGACCAACACCCGGAUGUUCACGUAGGUUUCGAGGGCGGCGAUUACUCCUUCAUACCGUCGGUCGGCCAGCGUUACCAGCAGAUUUUUUUGCCGGCUCUCUACCUCUGCGACGCUCUCUUCACCACCCUGGGCACCGAGAAUCAGUCGUGCGCCGUGCAAGUGUGCGGCUUCCUGCAGAGCCAUCGGGACACCGUGGAGAUGGCCUUGAGAAACGCCUCCUCGCACGCCAACGUGUUCUUCCUGAAAGAGAUCGCAUGCCUCACCGGCGUGAUAUCCAGAUCCGCCAACAUAGACAUGUACAGACUCGUGGAUGAGGAGCUGGCGAAGGCGGAUAUAGACGACUACAAGCUGGAGAACAGCACCGGGAUGAGGGAGUUGCGGGCGCAUCUAUACCGCUUACAGAAGCUGAUGCUAUCGUUGCUGUACAAAUUUCAGCUGCAGUCAAUCCCGGUGAAUCACAACUACCAGCAAGCCGAGGCGAAUCGGAAGUACAUCUCCUGCAUACAAAUCAUCGCCAACGUUAUGCUGUACACGCGUAAUCAGAUGCAGCACAGUUGUAUGGAUCAGAAAAUACGGAACGUGCUAUUCGAUCCCCACCUGACGCCGAAGCUCGGAGGAAGGCAGGACAAGAUGAAGGACGCCUCCGGCGGAAUGCAUCUCGGCACGAUAGUCGAGCAGUUGGUUUCCGUGACGAAUCUGUUGCAUACCGAGUUAUCGCAUAUCGAUUCUCUGAUAAAGAAAGCGCAGAUGGUAGCCGACAUGAGUACGGCGGAAUUAAAGAAGUACAUGUCCGAGGAGGAGGUGGAACUCGACAUAGGAAAGCAACGGAUGCUCGUCGAGCAGCGGUUGAACCGUUGGGUCCGAGAUAAGCGUCUGAGCAUCAAGUAUUGCUCUCUCAUAAUUGAACACACUUUGUAUAUCCUUUGGAGCCAUUUAGAUUUUUACACCAUGCAAGUGAUAUCACGGCAAACUCAGAGGCUGCACGUGUCGUCGAGUGGCGUGGACGACAGCAUGGCGGAGUGGAAGGUCACGUCGGAGACGCUAAUAGAACUCAAGCAGGGACUCGUAUCUACGUUUACGGAUACUUUUAUCACACAGCUGUUAGAUACACAUAGUGAAUAUGCAACGGUAGACCGCAGCUUCAUCGAGGCUCUUAUAAGACGAAUCAAAAGGCUGUUACAGUUUAUAAUUGUAAAAUAAUAAAAAUAUACAUAUGUUUUGUGUC